AUGUCUGUCUGUUGGGUCAGGUUGUAUGGUCCUCAGAUUGGAGACUUUGGAGCUCAAGCGAUUGGAGAAGCGCUGAAAUCAAACACCACUUUGACUGCACUCCGCUUGAUCGGCAACGAUAUUGGCAGCGCUGGAGCGCAAGCGAUCGGAGCGGCACUCAAGAGCAACUCGGCAUUGGCUACGCUUGUUUUGAAUAACAACAAGAUUGGCGAAGCUGGCGGACUUGCGAUCGCUGAUGCUCUGGUGUGCAACAAGACGCUGACCACGCUUUCGCUGUAUUGGUGUUCGAUUGGAGAUGCUGGAAUUGAAGCGAUUGUCCACGCGCUCGAGAAGAACACUACGUCGACUUCCCUCAACUUGAAAAACAAUAUCAUUCUCGGUUGUGGCACGCAGGCGGCGCUACCACGGAUGCUCCAAGAGAACACGACGCUGACUGAGCUUGACCUGAGUGAAAAUGGAUUGAAAGGCGUUGGAUUCCAAGCAAUUGCAGAAGCGCUCGCGCGAAACACGUCGCUCACGACACUCUCACUUGCGCGUGACGCCAUGGAAGUAGCUGGAGCGCAGGCGAUUGCUGCAGCACUCAAGAGCAACACCACACUGACCACACUCGAUCUGGAUCACAGUCGAUUUGGUGAUGCCGGUGCGCAGGCCAUUGCGGAUGCUCUUCGGCAGAACAAGACGCUUACCACUCUGCAUCUCAAGCACUGCAGGAUUGGCACCGCUGGACUCCAAGCGAUCAGUGGAGCACUCGCGCAGAACAACACGCUGACCACGCUCAAUCUUUCAUGGAACCCGAUUGACGAUGCUGGUGCCAACAGCAUUGCCGAAAUGCUGAAGUCGAACACAAGUUUGACCACUCUCGAUCUGAGUUGGAGCCCGCUUUGUUUUAAAGUGCACUUGAUUGCGGAAGCACUCAAACAGAACACCACGCUUACGACACUCGAUUUAUCUCGCAAUAAUAUUGGCGCUGUUGGAGCGCAGGUCAUUGCCGAGGCUCUGAAGCAGAACAGGACUCUGACGACGCUGUGUCUGAAUCAUGCUGAGAUUGGCGCUCCUGGGAUGAAAGCUCUCGCCGAGGCCCUCAAAAUGAACACCGCGCUGACCACUCUCGAGCUGGAGGCCGAAUCCAUUUAUGAUGCUGAAGCGCAGGCGAUUGCACCUGGCCUUGUUCAGAACACGACUCUGACCUCGCUCAAGUUGAUGGCUAGCUUUGUUGACUCAGGAGUGCAAACAAUUGCAGCCGCACUCAAACAGAACACUGCGCUGACCACGCUCGAGUUGUGUGACAUGAACAACCGGUACUCUCAUAUAGAGCGGGAUAUUUCAGAGCCAUUGACCACAGCCAGUCUGCUAUCGCGGUUGCGUAAUCCACGUGCUUUUGGACUCGAAAACGCCUUCUUGCAGGUUUGCAGGCUCUACUUGCGUGAGAACAUUGUUGACUCUGCUGGAGUGCAAGUGAUUCAAGAGGUUCUGAGUUUGACCAAGCCAAGCAAGCUUGAGAUUCGCUUUGGCCUUGACGACUUUGGAGCUCAAGUGCUUGCAACAUCACUCAAGCAGAACUCUUGGAUGACCGAGCUCGAUCUGGAUUCCAAUGCGAUUGGCCCGAUUGGAGCCCAAGCGAUUGCAGAAGCGCUGACGCAGAACACCAAGCUCACUAUACUCACUCUGAGUUCCACUCUGCUCGGAGAUGCAGGAGCGGAAGCGAUUUCCAAGGCACUCAGGGUAAACACGACACUGACCACGCUAAACCUGCGCGAAUGUUGGAUUGGCAGUGCAGGAGCGCAGGCGCUGGCGGAGGAGCUGAAGCACAACGUGGGAUUGACUUCGUUCGAUCUGUCCCGCAAUUCUAUUCGCGAUAGUGGUGCAAAUGCGAUGGCGGCAGUGAUUUCGCAGAACACAACACUGACUACUCUCGAUCUCGGGAUGAAUCAUAUUGGCGAUGCUGGCGCCGAAAGGUUGGCAGAAGCGCUCCUGCGAAACACCACGCUCAAAGUACUCGAUCUGUGGUAUAACGAAAUCGGGGAAGCCGGAGAGCUUGCGUUGGACAACGCACUCAACCAGAAUUCUGCACUUGACUGGCUCAAGUAUGGUCCCUUUAUCUGA